AUGGCGACUUUGGCUUUCGCCUUGGCCAGAGUUGGGCUGCGGAAGGGGCCGUUGCUGGGAGGAUGGCGGCAGCGACUCUUGGCGGCGGCUCACACGGUAAGGGGACUCGAGCACAACUAGAGGGAGGGAGGGGGCGGGGGGACAAGGAAGGAAGCGGCUAGGGAUUGGGUUGCGAGACGGGCGCCGCCGCCGCCGCUGCUUCAGGGCACGGACAGAAAUACAGUGGGUAGAGCUUCCUCUCCAAAAGAAAAGGGCUUUGCAAAUCCGUGUUUGCUCUGUAUUGUGUAAAAAAUGAGCGGUGAGGGUAGUGAUUUUUAUUUUAUUUGACAUCAUCUGGGAUACUGAGUAGGGUCUUCGCAGUGGGAGCCCUGCUCUCCUCAGUCCCAAAUAGCUAGGCUAUUAGAAUGGACUAAUGGGAAUUGUAAGCCAGCAACAUCUGGUGGGGUGUAGGCUCCUGACCAAUACUUCAUAGACUAUUAUCCUUAUUUGUUUACUCUACAAGGAGGUCAGGAUGGUAGACGUGGACAUCUUCCUAUCUCUUCCUUGCCUCAUUUUUUAUUCUUCUGGGGUGCUUGUUAGGCAGAGUGGCUCAAGUUGAAUUUUGUGAUUGAACUCAGGUCAGUUGCAUUUAGCAGAGUGACUGUGGAACCAUUGGAAGUUUUUAAAAUAAUAUGCUUCAAAUGUAUAUAGUGAUGGAGAGAAAUAGCAAACACUAGCAGUACUAGCCCCCAGACAGAAUCCAUGCAUGGCCCCACAUCAUAUAAAUUUGGAGUGUGCUGGGCUGAUUCUCCCAAACCAGCUUCUAAUUGACUGUUCCAAAAUUAACCUUGUUUUUCCAGUCUCCAUCUGCAGUGAGUGGCUGUAGCAAUGUAAACUACCGGUAUUGCCUAGAGGAGGGUCAGGUUUUGUUCAGCCAAGGGCAGGGUUCUUUCCGGAUCUGGAGCCAAUAAGUGGAUGAAGAAUAAGCAAUGCUUUAUUUGCGUAAGGUUAACAGAUAGCAGCAGGCAUACAGAACACAAAUUAUAGCAUACCAGACAGGAGUCACACACAAUCUCCCCUUCAGCUGCCCAGAACUCCAGGUAGAGCAGCAAGAGAGACCCCGGCCAACACACUCACAGCAUCUGGUACCUCAAUCUGUGAAGAAGCUCACUGAGCCCCUUCAGCCUACAGCUUUUAUAGCCAACUUUGAUUUGAUUGAUUGCACCUGGUUAGCAGGCAUCACUCAUGACCAGCCCGGGACACCGGGUGUGACUAAUGUGGAGCAGCUGAGAGUCUCCAACUCAAUUCACUGCAACUGGGUAUCCUCCCCACUAGCCAAUCAGCACUUAGAACACAGGGGACCCAGGAAACUCCUGACACACGUGUGUGAAAAACAAAUUAUACUAUCAUGAAUCAGCAAACCUUAAACCGGGGAUGUAAAAGGGAAGGAGACAUGUCAUCUAACUCCUCAAAAUUACAAUGGUCUUUUGCAUUUCCCCUACAGGGUGGGUGCUUCCUUGCUGAAGGUCUUCAAACAGAGGCUAGGAAGCCAUCUUUUAGGGCAAGCUGUUGAGUGAUGUUCUAGUUCUGGAUUUCCCCAUCAAGCAGGGGGUUGAAUUAGGUGGCCUUGCAAGAUCUCCUUCAAACAUUGUGCCUAUUCUGUCUGGUCAAAAUGGUUCAAUAAGACUUAUAAAAAAUGUUUUAGGAACAUUUAGUUUUAGUUCCCCAUUAGCAUAUGAUUCUCAUUCUCCAUAGCUGAAGUGAUUUCUCUCUGACAAAUUUAUCUUUGCCAUUAUUAUAGCAGAAAAAUGGUAACGAUAUUCCCAAGCAAAAUUCUUGUAAGUUGACUAACGUUUUUCUGUUUCAGAGACAAGCUUCAGCAGAAACCAGCUCUACAGAACAGAAAUAUCCAGGGAUUAUUGAAUCUACUAAUGAAUAUAGGUUUGUGGAGAGACUUAUACCUCCCUCUCGAGUACCAGUACCCCCGAAACAUGACAGUUAUCCCACCCCUUCUGGAUGGAGCCCACCUCAAGGUAAAAUACAGGGGAAGGGGUAAUUUGAUUGCUCUAAAUAGUUCAGAGUCUUAGGUAAGGGCCCAAUUCGACUCACGAGACCAUUUUGGCCCAACCAGGUCCAACUGCCCUGUCCCUGGCAUCAUUUAUGGCAUCAUGUGUGGGGUUGGUGAAGACCUGGCUAAGCUGAAUGAGGGUUUGCAGGCACCACAGAUCAGGCUGUUUAGUCUGGUUUGCAAAGGUCUCAGCAAGAACCGUGUGGUCAAAAGUCAUCUUGAUGUCAGAGAAAGGGUCAUAGCUCACUGGUAGAGCAUCUUCUUUAACUGCAGACAGUUCAAGGUUCAAUUCCCGGUGGUAUCUCCAGGUAGGCCUGGGAGAGUUCUUACUGAAAUCCCGGAGAGCAACUCAGUGUAGACAGUAGUGAACAAGAUGGACUGACUUCAUAUACAGCUGCAUCCACCUGCCAAACUUGACCUGUGAUAGGUGAGGGAGAUAGCGAGAUGCAGUUGCCCACCCUUAGCUUUUGAAGGGAAGGGGUCCCUGAAGGAGUUUGUACAUGUAGUAUCCUUUCGGCACCCUAGGAAGUAAAGUUUGAACUAGAUACAGAAGGCAGCAGAAAGCACAUCACACCAUUCUGUCACUGGAGAUAAGCAAGUCUGGCACUAGUAGGUGCCUGUACGUGACAGUUCAUUUAUUGCACAAGGUAUAAACCUUUUAAGUCAGUACUUCUACCUGCUUCUGAUUCACAUCACCCCUUUCCCUUAUUCUCUUGCUAGAACCUCAAGAUGUUUUGUGGCUUUAAUUAAUUACACAAAUUAGGAAUGUUUAUAAAAUUAGUGGAGGGUUGGAGGAGGAAGGGGAGGCAAGUAUACCCAGCUCUCUGCUUUGUGCUUUGAUUUAGAUAUAUAAAUGUGACCAUCUGUAGAUCCACACAUUUUGCUUUCUCCUACACUAGACCCACCUCCUGACCUUCCUUAUUUUGUAAGGAGGUCGCGAAUGCACAAUAUCCCAGUUUACACAGAUACUACCUUCAGAGGGUGCAGGAAGAUGACGGUCAUCAGAAAGAUUGAAGGCGAUAUUUGGGUAGGUGUUAUUCACAUUGCAUACUGCACCCUGUUGGUUUUUCUUAUACUAGGAUGACAAAAUAAGUGGAUUUUCUAUGGAUAAAAAGGUAAAGGGACCCCUGACCGUUAGGUCCAGUUAUGGCCGACUCUUGGGGUUGCGGCGCUCAUCUCGCUUUAUUGGCCGAGAGAGCUGGCGUACAGCUUCUGGGUCAUGUGGCCAGCAUGACUAAGCCGCUUCUGGAGAACCAGAGCAACGCAUGGAAACGCCGUUUACCUUCCCGCCGGAGCGGUACCUAUUUAUCUACUUGCACUUUGACGUGCUUUCGAACUGCUAGGUUGGCAGGAGCCGGGACCGAGCAACGGGAGCUCACCCCAUCGCGGGGAUUCGAACUGCCGACCUUCUGAUCAGCAAGUCCUAGGCUCUGUGGUUUAACCCACAGCGCCACCCGCGUCCCUAUCUAUGGAUAGUUCCAGGUUAAUCCGGAGCAAGUGGCUGUGAUCUUAUUGGUAGCAGAGAGUUGAGGAUUGUUUAACAACUACAACAGUGGUGGCUGUACUGUUCUUAGCCAGUGAUUAGGAAAUUGAGGUGGGUUAAUCAUGCUACUUUCUGUCCUUUUUUUCAUUUCCCCCCAGGCCCUUGAAAAUGAAGUGAAGGAAUUCAUCACACAGCUGUCUGGGCGGACAGCAGUCACCCAAGUGAAUGAAGUUUCCUGCAUGAUUCGCGUCAAGGGAUUUUUUGAGCAGGAAUUAAAAAAGUGGCUGUUGGACAAAGGCUUUUAA